AUGCCCCGUCCCUCGAAGAAGGCCGUCGAGGCCCCCAAGCCUCCCGUCGCUGCUGUCCCCGUCGCGCCUGCUCAGCCAGUGCAACCCCUCCAGAUCCCCCAGAGACACAUUGAUGUCGAGGGUUUCAUUCGUGUCCGCGACUCGGUCCACCAACGUCUCAUCACUAUCUUGGAGUUGAUCAAGAACUUCUCUGAGGACUACUACCGCCAGACCAGCCUUCUUCUCGGCGAGGCUGCUAAUGAAGGCAUCCCGGGCAUCGACCACCCCUUGGUCAACCUUGACCAUGCUGUCGCUCAGAACAUGGCUCCCCUCGCCCUGGGUCUUGCCCCCGGUGCUCCUUACCACACUGCACCUGUCGAGGAGAAGAAGGAGCGCAAGAAGCGCACUCAUGACCCCAAUGCUCCCAAGCGCCCCCUGACCCCCUACUUCCUCUACAUGCAGACUGCCCGUCCCAUCAUUGCUCUUGACCUCGGCGAUGCCGCCCCUAAGGGCGCCGUUCAGGAGGAGGGCCAGCGUCGCUGGAAGGCCAUGAACCCCGCCGAGAAGGCUGGCUGGAACAACGCUUACCAGUACAACCUCCGCCUCUACCAGGCUCGUGUCCACGCCUACAAGCAGGGUGGCAACCCGGAAGCCAGGCUCAUGGACGACGAUGCCGCCCUCAAGUACGCCGAGGAGCACAACAUCCAGAUAAACCCUGUCGAUGUCGUCCCGGAUGUUGAGGAUGCCAUUGCCGAGCAGCUGAACCAGGCCAACACUGCUGAUGCUCCUGGCGAAGAAGAGGAUGACGAGGAGGUUCCCGCCCCCGUCAAGACUCCCAAGAAGCCCGCAUCCACCCGCAAGCGCAAGACUGCCACCCCUGCUGCUGAGGCCGAGCCCAAGGCCACCGGCACUCCCGCCAGCCCUGACAAGAAGCGCCGCCGCACAUCAACAAAGGUUGCCGACGCCGCCGAACCGGCCGAGCCAACCAAGAAGAGCAGGGCCAAGAAGGCAAAGGCUUGA